CUCAAAGAAGAAGAACCUAUUCGCUAACGCCGCAUUUUCGAAAUGGCAUAUCUCGAGUUCAAGUUUGAGGACGAAAUAACUAAAUACAUUCGGGAACAAGAAUUGGCAACGUCACUGAAAUUCGUAAUAUUGGGAAAGGACAAAAGUUUUGGACAAAAGGAUGCACAGCCUUUGGCACGGAAAAAACUCAGCUGGGAGAGUAAAAGUAACCCGUUCAAUGGUGUUCCGUUUCAAGUUGUUGGCACAAAGACGUAUGAAUGCCACCAGGGCAAAGACAGACAGACAAAAGCCAAAGAGAAAUAUGCUGCAGAAAGAGACAAGAAGGAACUUGAAGACCAUGCUUUUGUAAAGAGACGGAAACUGGUACAACAUACCAAAAAGGUGGACUGCAAGGCUAUAAUAAACAUCGCCCACGUUAUCCGCUUUCCUGAUUUUAAGAUUGAGGAAAGUACAGUGCGCUCUAAAAAGGAGGCCUCCCAAACUCUGAAGGCAGCACUAAGUGAAACACCCAGCUCCGUGAAGGCAGAGGUUGUCUACUGCGUUAGGUUCCCCUCCCUCUCUGAGCACAGCUCACAUGCAGUUGUUGGCGAGGCAGCUCAUGUUAGGGAAGCUGUAGAUGCCAGGCUGAGAGAGAAGAUUGAGCAGCUGACUCUGUCUGGUGUGAGAAAGAUGACUGAAAUGAAGUGUCAUCUGAACACCUUUGUAGUGGAAGAGCUUUUCCUUGGAGAGCAGCCCCCUCCACCUACUCGCAGGCGCUAUUACCCCACUGACAGUGACAUAAGAAAUGUCAUGUUUAAGACCAAGCGGGCCACCGGAGACUCCAACAUUGACCGUCCAUACGAAGGUCCAUCUGGCAGAGGAAAGAAGAGGUCCUCUAGGAAGCUGUUGCGGUUACGGAGGCAAUGUGCAGGAUAUCUUAAAGAGAUCACAGAACUCACUUAUCAUCUGGAAGAGGAACAGUACGUGACUGACCUGUCUUCACAGCUCAGAAGCGUGUUGCUGGAUAUGAAGGCCCAUGUUCCACAGGAUAAAGACCUUCCACUGACCUUUUCUCCAAGGAAGAGAAAAGCUGAGAUGGACAUGGAUCUCAUUCCAACCAAGAGUGCAUCACACCCUUUCAUAGAUGGGUUAGAACAGCACACAGAGGACAUAGUGAGUGUGGAUACCUUGUUGGCAUUGAGCCUAGGGUAGUAGGGCUGUGUGGAUACCUUGUUGGCAUUGAGCCUAGGGUAGUAGGGCUGAGUGGAUACCUUGUUGGCAAUGAGCCUAGGGUAGUAGGGCUGUGUGGAUCAAAUCAAAUCAAAUCAAAUCAAAUUUAUUUAUAUAGCCCUUCGUACAUCAGCUGAUAUCUCAAAGUGCUGUACAGAAACCCAGCCUAAAACCCCAAACAGCAAGCAAUGCAGGUGUAGAAGCACGGUGGCUAGGAAAAACUCCCUAGAAAAGCCAAAACCUAGGAAGAAACCUAGAGAGGAACCAGGCUAUGUGGGGUGGCCAGUCCUCUUCUGGCUGUGCCGGGUAGAGA